AUGCUACAAAUCCUCUACCAGACAGGCGAUUUGCUUCGAGAUGGCAAAGUAAAGCCUCGAGAUAUACAGCAGCGGUUUCAACAAAAGUUAAACCAGGAACGUCAGCAGAUAACCAAAGGAGGUCGUGCGCUACAAGAGGCGCAAUAUUCGAGCGUUCCAGACAUCGACACCAGCAAUCCCACUGCUACAUGCAACAACAUUAGUCAAAAAUCAAAAGAGGAUCCGUUGAGGUCCUUUGAUAGUGACUCUAUGUUUGGGGAAGAGAUACCUCUUGACGAUAUUGAAGAUAUGCUGGGGUUUGGGCAGAAAGAAAACCAUGAGCCACAACCAUUAGCGACAACAGCCACGCACUCCCCAUCAGCAUCGCCAGUAGCGUUUAAACCAACAGCAGAAAUAUCAGCAUCAGCAUCGACAAUAGCACCAAAUGCGGAUCUUGAUGAUGAUGACGAUAUGUUCGGUGAUGAUAUACCCCUGGAUCUACUAGACGAACCGUUACCAAGCAACGCGGAACCAAGCAACACUAAACAUGCUCAAGAUACCACAUCGCAAGAGCAGCUGAAACCUCCAAACAUGCGCUAUAAUCGCUACAUGGUUGCCGACGUUAAAAAGGAUAAAUACUUAAAUGGCGAUCAAGGAGUAUUAGCAGAGAAGGUUGUCACGCUACUUGAUGAAACGAAUGAUUUUCCCAAACGCGCGCGGUUACGUGAAGAUUGGAUUCAAACGCAUGUCGAAGUUGGUUACAUUGUACAUAUACCAAUUUCAGCCGACAAACAGACCUGCAACGACGUGAUUAUCGAUAAUGCCCAUGGUUACCUCAUCGUCCAUCCAGACCGUCUUAUCUCCAGCACUGCCAUUGCCGAAAGUUUCUUCUGCUUACGUAAAUCCGUGCUUCAACAAAAAGUGAAAUCACUAGGUGAUUACAGCGAAGCGCUCGUUCACGGAAACCUUAUCCAUCGCAUCGUCCAAAACGCAUUGCAAUCCAACGACUUCAGCCUCGAAGGGCUUAUGAAAGAAACACAGCGCGUUGUGGGCUCAUCCUUGGAAGAGCUUUUGGCGAUCGGACAAAAUGAGACUACAACAAUGAAUAUUUUAAUGGAAAAGGCGAUCCAGUAUAUCAAAGCAUUUGGCGAAAUCUAUGUUGGACCGCAGCCAAACGCAAAAGCUACCAUUGCAACCGAUAUAGGUCCUGACGUGUCGACUAGGCUUGGGUGCAAAAACGUUGCCAUUUCCAGAAUACUUGAUGUGGAGGAACAUUUGUGGAGCCCAACCUACGGCUUGAAGGGAAUGGUAGACGUUUCAAUCGAAUUAGCAAUGCGACCAAGCGAGAAAACCUUGAUCGUGCCUCUUGAACUGAAAACUGGAAAAACGAAUCGGUUUAUCUCACAUCGUGCGCAAACGAUGCUAUAUACUCUUCUAAUGGGCGAUCGCUAUGGUAUGCAUAAUAUACAAAUCUGA